AUGGAAAAAGAAAAAAGAAAAGUUCUCCUCUUUAUGGAUCAAUGCCCUGCUCACCCGCGAGAUCUACCUGUUUUUGAUCAUAUAAAAGUAGUAUUUUUGCCUGCUAACUGCACGAGCAAGCUACAACCAUUGGAUUUGGGCAUAAUACGGUGCGUGAAAGUGCAUUAUAAGAAAACUUUGAUUCGUCGAUACCUUGCUGAGUUAGAAUCAGGCAAUUCAGCUGCAGGAGAUGUAAAAAUUUCAAUUCUUGAUGCAAUGAAUAUGGUAUGCGCUGCUUGGAGAAGUAUCAGUCAUAAUACCAUAAGGAAUUGCUUUAAAAAGGCUGGAUUUCUAUUUUCUAAUGAACUUGAAUGUUCUGACCAAAUUAACGAAAAUGAAGAGGAUUUGGGAACAGAUUUUGAUGAUGAAAAAUGGCAAAUUGUAUCUGAUGGACUCGUUGGUUUCAAUGAAUUUGUUGACGUCGAUAACAAUUUAAUUACAACAGAAUUGAGAGAUAUUGAAGUCAUCGCUGAAGAAAUGGCUAAUGGUGAAGGCGAUGGAGAUUUAGAUGACGACAAUGAAGAUGAUGAAGCAAAAGUGCCUCCGAAUCACCUAAAAGCAUUGGAAGCCUUGGAUAUUGUUCGGGACUAUUUGCAAUAUAAUUCAGCUUCGGACACUCCCUUUUCACAUUUGUAUGAACUUGAAAAAUAUGUUUCUGACAUUCAUCAGCAAAAACAAAAACAGACAUCCAUUAUGGAUUUCUUUGAGAGGAAAUAA